GCUGUGUUUUCCGUAGAUUCACGUAUCCAAUGUGUACAAGUCUCGAAGAAGCCAAAGAACAAAAAUGUGAGGUUAUAAUUUUUUGUUACUUGUUUCUGUCUUGUUUUAAAGAACAAUUUUUAAUUAAAAAAACCAAAAAAAACAAACAAAUUGUUUAUUCCUAGCAAUAUGGUGGGAAACUGUUGUGUAGAUGGGUGCUCUAAUACGUACCAGAAUACCAACGGUGUCAUAUUCUAUCGUUUUCCUGGACGAGACUACGACUGGCAUAGAAGAGAAAAAUGGAUUUCCAAUAUUGGAAAAAAGAUGGCUGAUGGAACUCCUUGGCGGCCUACUAUGCAUUCAAGAGUUUGCAGUGACCAUUUCAUUACCAAAAGGAAAAAUGAAGCCACUGUACAUCCAGAUUAUGUGCCUACGGUUUUUCCAAGAAAUGGCAAUAAAGUUACAAUAGCCAGUCUGUUGAGGUUGGCAAGGUUUCAAAGAUUACGAGAGAGAAAUUUCAAGAAAGGUUCUUUGAAGCAUUUGCAAGCAGACGACGAGAAACAAGCGUCAACGUCAACUGUAGAUGACCGUCAGACUGAAGAAUCGCUUGUGGUACAAACAGAACAGUUGGAACAAGAUUUGUUGGUAGGAGCAGUGCCUUCAUCAAACAGCAGACUGCCAACAACAGCCGCAGCAUCACCAGCCAGCACACAUGAAGAUUCAUGUCCUAUUGCACCAAUCUCAACAGUCCAAGAUUCUAUUUCUAACGUCGACCGCGACCGGGUCGGGCUGAAUUUCAAGAUGGCUGAAAAUCCGUGGUCGACUGUGGAUGCACAACAAGCUGGUGAUGAUUUGAUUACGGGAAAAGAUUCUGGUCCUUUUUUCGUGGAUGAAAACUGUGAUACAAUGUCUUAUAAAGAAACAAUAGUUGACAAUAAACGCCUGUGUCGAAUUUGUGGCCAGUUGAAAUCAGAUUUGACAUCUCUAUAUGGACCCUCUGCUGUUGAGAUGGGACUUCUUAGGAAAAUAGAAGACUGUUUAAGAAUUAAGAUUGAAAGCACUAGUUGUUUGCCAACCGAGAUUUGUAGAGGGUGCAUCUCAAAUCUUGAUACAUGCGACCAAUUCGUAACUCUGGCAAGGAAUGCUAAUAUAAGACUUCAUGAGAUGUAUGAAGACCAAAUGGAAACAAAUGAAACAACGAUGAUUUGCCGGUAUUGUGAUAAGAAGUUCAGAAGUCCAAAGUUGUUGAAUUUGCAUUGUUCUACGCAUGCUACAGCUUCAGUGUUUCAAUGCGAAAUUUGUGGUAACCAGUUCAAAAACGCUGAAGGCCUCAUUUGUCAUAAACGGACUCACCGUGCCUUGUCCCACAAAAAGAAGCAUGUUUGCUCAACUUGUGAUAAAACCUUCCGAUCAAGGUCCGAUCUGUUGGAGCAUACCAACAGUCAUCUGGGUUUGAAGCCCUACUCGUGUCGUAGUUGUGGCAAAGUGUUCCAUAGUGGCGCUUUGCUGCGUCAGCACUCUCUCGUACACCGAAGCGCCGGCUCUCUGUCCAAAAACCGGUGCUUCAAGUGCGACAAAUGGUUUGCGCGCCACGCUGACCUGCGCACGCACAUGCGUCGACACGAGGUGGGGCGCACCUUCAAGUGUGGCGUCUGUCAACUCAGUCUGCCUUCCAUUGGAGCUCUUCUCUCCCACCGAAAACAACACCAGACGUCUUCAAAAACCGCUGAUUCAGAAUCAAAACAGUUGCCGGCUGCUGUCAGUAAAAAUCUGUUGCAAUGCAAAGACUGCGACAAACAGUUUUCGGGUCGUUCCGGCCUGGCCUAUCACCGAAAGACAACCCAUGAGACAGACAAGCCGUACCUCUGCCACAUCUGCGACAAGGCUCUCUCCUCCGAGGCACUCAAGCGCCAACACCAACAAACUCACUCUCAAAAUGAACAAUAUCCGUGUACAAUGUGCGACAAGUCAUUGAAAAGCGCCAACGCACUGAAGCAGCACAUAAAGCAACAUUCGGCCACUUUCGAGUGCGAGCACUGCCACAAGACAUUCAAUCGAAAAGGCAACCUGCAAAUGCACGUGCGACGUGUGCACACCACCGAGCGUCCGUUCGUGUGUGCAGUGUGCGCGCGAACAUUUGCCGAAAAGAAUGACAUGCAGAAACACAUCACUCGCCAGCACAGUCUUGUCUAUUGCCAGCUCUGCUGUCAAACGUUUACUGACAAUGCUGCUCUCGACGAGCACAACGAUAAACAGCACAAUGUGAUGAUUACUGUAUGAAUAUGAAUGAUUUUAUAAAUAUAUAAUGUUUACUAUUGA